GGGACACGACAGUUCCAGUUCAGGACGUACCACAGCACUCUCUUUCUCAAGCUAUCAAUUCAAUUCACAGUCCCCCUUCUCUCAAGAAUGUCUGCUUCAGUGAAUCCACAAGAUCCUUUGGUUCAAAGAGAACUAACUAAAAGUGAUCAUGGUACUAUUAUGGAUCUAAUUGGCAAACAUAUAGCUUCAAAAUAUAAAGAAUUGGCUGCACAAUUCCGUAUCCCUCAGGGUACAAUAGACACCAUAGCCUGCGAUAACAGAAGAGCAUGGGAUGGACUAAAUGAUGUUGUUGCUGAGUGGCUGAGAGGAAAUACUGAAGUAUAUGAUAAAGGAGUUAGAGCUAGUGCAAGGUGGCUGUAUGAUGCUGUCAGAACAAUGAAUAAAAAACUUGGAACAAAAAUUGCCAAAAAGUUUGGGAUCCCAGAGCAAAGUGAUGGGUCCACUCAAAAAGGUGCUGGCGAAGAUAAAGAAAAUUUGCAGGAACAGAGCCAAGGUGCUGGCAAAGAUAAAGAAAAUUUGCAGGAACAGAGCCAAGACAAGGAGCUUAAUAUGGAAGCUGUCAUGAAUAUAUUUGAUUCUUCUGCUCAGCAUUGCAUGACAAUAGCAGCUGGAUUGAAUGUAAGGACGGCUGAUCUGAUGUCAACACCAGGAGCAGCAAAUACCAAUCUUAUUAUUGUAUUCCAGAGGUGGUUUGAGGCUAAUAGAGAUGUCAAUUGGGAUGCAUUAAUAAAACUGUGUGAUGACUAUCCUGAUAAACUGGGCAAAGCAAAAUCUAACCUUCUGGCAUAUAUAA